AUGAGUGAUACUCUCAGAAAGAAAAAGGGCGGUAAUGGGCACUAGCAAAAUUCACCUGAUGAGGCCUCAUUGAUGCAAAAUGAUAGCGUGCUUUAGUAUCAAAAUAAGGCUCUUGCGAGUCUUAACUUGAACUAUAAGCAAGAAAUUGCUCAACUCAAGAAAAUAAUUUAUUAAAAGGAGAGGGAGACUGACAAGUGGAACAAAUCUUUUGCCAAUUUCACACUCGCACUUCAAAGGGCAGACAUGGAACUAGGCAAUCUGCUGAUGCAGCAGUUCGAAUUGAGGGAAUUCGAGGACCCUUUGAAAUUGCAGUAAUACCUAGUUGAUAAGCAGUCAUCCUUAUACAAAAAUCUAAUAAACUUAAUUUAUGAGGAAAAUUAAUUCAAUGUCCCCCCAUAGGCUGACUCUUAAGAGGAAGCUUAAAGUUCUAAACAUACUGCAGAUGUCUAGAUGAGAUCUGCGGAUGAAGAGCUUAAAGACUCAGAGGAGGAAUAAAAGUUGAGAGAUGCCUCUCAAUAAUUGAGCAAGGCAUUCGUCUCGACUAUGUAAAGAUAUAUUCAAGCACUCAAGUCUAAUGACCUUCGACUCUCAACCAAAGGUAUCAAUAUAUCACCAAUUAAUUCAUACUAGUUUUAAGGUAAUUUAGAGUUUGGCGUCUAGCAGCUUCAAAGUUUGUAAAAUGAAGACUUGCUCAAAGAAAUAAGUUUGCUUAAAGGAGUUAAUGAUGAGUUGAAGUAAAAAAUCAACUUCAAAACUUCAAAUUCAAUCAGACUUGAGAAGCAAAUGAAGGAUAUUGAGACUCUAAAUGUUACACUUACCUAAAAAUUAAGUGGAAUACAAAGAGAUCUCAAUGUUUAAAAGGAGCUUAACCAAAAACUUAAUCUGAGAUUAGCUAGAGGGUCUCCCUAUUACCAAAUAAUAGCUUCGUUUUUCCCAAACGACAUGCAUAAAUUCUAUGAUAAAAAUCAUACUUGUAUCUGUAUGCUUUGUUCCAAAGAGCUAAAUAUGAAUGCAAUAGCUAAUCUGAAUUCAACUGAGCAAUCUUCCAAUCCAAUCAUUGAAGGUAAAUCAAACAUCCAAAAGUAAUUAAUCUUAGAGUAGAAAAAUGAAAACCAGCCUAAUAUUCUUCCAAAUUAGGAAGGAGGUCGGUCUGAAGAAAAGUAAGAUGCCUCAUCGAAUUCAAAUCCUGAAAAAGAUGCAAAAAUCCAAGAGCUCUAAAUCUAAGUCCAGUCUAUGAAUAUCUUGAAUUAAGAGUACUGCAAGAGAAUAGAACAACUCAAACAACAAAAUGAGCUGACUGAAGAUAAAUUUUAGUAGUCAUAAAUCUACAAGAUGCUUGCUGCCUAGACCUAAAAUCUAGCAUAGGAGAUUACCAAAAAUCAUCAAAUGGGUCUUAGCCUAAACCAGUUGAAACACCAGAAUAAGAUACUUAAAAGCUAAAAGGAACAAGCUGAGCAAGCUUAGAAGUUUGAGGUAUAGAAACUUACAGAAGAAGUUGCAGGACUAAGGGAAAGAGCUAACAAUCUUGAUUAAAAGUAUUACAAAACUAGUCAAGCGAAUAUCUCUGUGAGCGAUGAGAAGAUCAAACUUGAAAACGAACUUAGCUAAAUUAAAGUUCAAGCUGCAUUAAAUACUCUUCAUGAUGAUACCAUCAACAAUCUGAAGAGAUUACUUUAAGAAGCAGUUGCCAGAGCAGAUCAAUCAGAAAAAAGAUUAGCUGAACUACAGAAAAAGAAUGAUGACUAUAAGAGAGCUUACUCUGAUACUAAAUCUAACUAUUAGAAAGCCUAGGGAGAUAUUGAAAAGCUUAGAAAUCCAGCAGGCUAGCCACCUAUAGUUGAAUCAGAGAUAAAGGAGAAGUAUGAAAGUCUCAAGCAUAAAAACAGGAAACUUGAAGAUCAAAUGAAAAUCUCACAGAAAAAGAUUACCGAUCUGGAGAAUGAUGUGAAGUAGAAGCAGGCUACACUUGAUAGUCUAUAUCAAGACAUAUAGUCUGUCUAUGAUCAACUCGAGGAGUCCCAGAAUACUCUUACUAAGAUAACUUCUGAGUUAAAGAUAUCCUAGGAGAAGGUAGUUACUCUAUCGAGCUCAGAGAUGACAAACAGAAACUCAUUAGAGAUGGCAUUGAACGAUAAAGAUAAACUAGAGAGGAAAUGUCUGCAGCUUGAAUAGCAACUAAACGACUUUAGAGAUCUCUCAAAAGUUAAUGAGGAAAGCCUUGAAAAGCUGAACUCACUUGUUAAAGACCUUGAGACACAUCAAUAAUCCUUGCAAGAAGCAUAUGAUGAUUUGAAGUAGGAAUCACAAGAGGCUCUAAGAAAAGAGAAAGAUACCUACGAUCGAUUGAAUUCUCUGCAAAAUGUGGUAAACAAUCAGAGUCAGAAACUGGUUGGAGAAAAAUCUCAGAUAGACAAUUUAGAGGCUGAGAUAGAAUAAAUAAAGAAGAGCAAGUCCACAUUAAAUGGCUCAAAUGCGGGAUCUAUGAGUGAGUUGGAGUAUUUCUAGCUCAAGAGUAUGAAGUACGACAGCCGAAUGAAAUGUCCAAUCUGUGGUGUAAAGGAGAAGGAGGUGAUACUUCCGUGCAUGCACAUGUACUGCAAUGACUGCAUCUAGAAGAACUUAAACAGCAGAUAGAGGCAGUGCCCCACUGAUAGAAUAAGGUUUGACAGAGCUGAUGUGAAGUUCGUCAUCUGGGGAGAUGGACAGUGA